AUGGCUGAGGCUCCCGCGAGGCCGCAUGAUCGCCAUGGACGGCGACGUCCUUUCUCGAAUUGGAUGAAGCGCCUUGCGAUUUUGAAGGGUUCGUCGUCCGAUUCUGCGGGGGCGUUCGGCAAGCGCGGCAAUGGAUCGAUGAUGUCGAAGAAUAAGAGGAAUACCACUCUGAAGAACAAUCCAUAUCCGCUUUCAGGUACUGUUGGAGCCUCUGGCUCAUCGCGCAGAAACGAAUAUGUCUCCUCGGGAUCCAGCGAGCAACAAUACGGCCAUCCUUCGGCCAGCCAAUCCUCCCUACCCACCUCAAGUUCUGACAAUCAUAUCCCCGGCAACAGCGCCAAGUCAACAGCUCCUACUCUUUCCACGAACGGCGACACUGCGCUCUCAGAAGCAACAUACUCGAAAGCUGGGACAAUGGCCACGGGAGGACGCGGGGUGAAUGGGGGCGGAGAAGGGAGCACGUUCUCGUCACCUGCACCCUCUGUGCGUUCCCUGACUACAACAUUGACGACUGUGCAAUCUACUGCUCCUUCGACUCAUAUUUACGGCGCGCAGAAUGGCCACGCACACAAUAACGCGGGUCUGCCGCACGUCAACUCCACCCAGAGCUCCGCCAGCCAGCAAGUCCAAUUCUCCCACCAAUUCCCUCCGUCAUCCUUGUCGGCCGUUCCUCCUCAUGUUAUUGCCACUAGCCAUCCGACAACUUACAGUACAGCAACCGCCAACAACUUGCUGACCGACAAUGCUUCCAUCCUCACGCUGGCCUCGUCCUCGAAGCGUCGUCGCAGGAACUCUCUUGACACGAACGCUUCCAUCCGUGCGUUGGCGCCGUCAUCAAUAUUUGGCGGUAGUCGCGAGAGCUUGCCGCUGAGCACACUCAGCGCGAAUGUCGGGGAGGCGUCGAACGCGUCGGCAUCAGGCGUUAAUAGUCGUCCCAGCAUUGGAGGGCUUGCAAGUGCCGAGCGAGCCAGCGUUUACUCCUCAUCAGGUGCUGCCCCGAUGACUUCCGCAGGGGAGAGAAGCAGUUAUAUUGCGAGCAAGCAGUCAGGUACUGGUGACUCGGGCAGCGUCCGGAGCGGUGUCCACUCACAUACUCGCAACGAUAGUGCAGCCGGUACGGUAGGGUGCACAUUGACCAAUCCAGCUGCCGGUCCCCAAAGUGCGACGCCCGGCCGUAUCAGUCGAAGGAGCUCCGGGUGGGGUGAGCUCACCGGUGAUGACGAUGAAGACGGGACUGGACAAACAGACCAGGCGGCCGAGGAGCCAGACCAGGCCAAGGAGGUCCCCAGUUGA